UCAUUCACUCUCGUCUCCCUGCAAGACACACAUUUAAAAAAAAACGUGCAGAAUCAUGACGACUUCGUGGGUAUGGAUUUCCUUCGUUCUUGCCAUCACCUCCACGGCCUAUGGUCAGCGCCCUAUUUCCGUGUGGCUGCAGUCAACCCGGACAACCAACUGGGGAGACUGGGCGGAAGAGGCUAUUUGUCCAAAUGGGACAUUCGUGACGGGAUUUAGAACCAAAAACCAGCCUGAUCAAGGGAUAUUUGUCGACGAUACGGCGAUGAAUGCGGUCGAAUUAGCGUGCAAGGGUCCGGAAGGGCCCGCAACGUACAUCAAAUCAGGGGAAGCGUUGCAUGGAAAUUGGGGUUCAUUUUACGAAUGUCUGGCCCCUGCGAGGGGGACCGGCUACCAAAUGAGGUCAGAGGGAGUUACGUUGGAUAACACUGCGGCCAACAAUAUUGCCCUUUACUGUGACGGGAGCAGGAUGGAGGGGUACGGAAACACGUGGGGGGACUGGACAGAGCGACUCAAUUGUCCGACUGGAACACUCUUGUGCGGAUACAAGGCUCAGAUUGCGGUUCAACUUCCGUCAGCUAUUGAUGACACUGGUCUGAAUAACCUGGACAUGGCCUGUUGUUUGGAGUCAUCUUGAGUGACAGGACACCACUCAAGUACAUUUUUUGUUGUAUGUACAUAUGUGAAUCACAUAAUGUGAUCCAUUAAAAUGUAAACGAAACAAAAAAGAUUUUCACAACAAUAAACUUGAACGUACUUAAUUAGGAUUCUUUA